UGUUGUCCUUUCACCUCUUCCUGUUUAUGGUGUGUCUUUUAAAGUCGGAUUUGCUUUUGAACACGUCAUGAACUACGACGUCUUGUCACCAAGUGACACGCAAAGGCCAAACGCUUUUACUACGUCAUAGUCACUUGUUUAACAUAAAGAAUAGUAAUUCGAAUUUACUUCAUUUCUGUUGGAAACUACACCCAGAAAAGUUUAGCAGAAAUCUGCUGUUUUAAGACAAAAAACAGUAGAAAAAAAGGAAGAGAAAGAAAAUUCUGGAUGAUGGAUUCUGAAACUUCUCCGUCGGUAACAUCAAGCUGCUCUAACAUCACACGCUUUGAUAUUUCCUUGGAAAACCAGGAGCUUUCUAGAAUCGAUUUUGACAGUGUCAGUGCAGAGCUCAACGCAUUGCUGGAUAAACUCAGAAGGGUUUAUGAAACUGAAGAGAGUUUAGAUAGAAGAGUUCACAAAAUGACAGCCUCUCUUGAAACUCAGAGACUUGCCAAAAAACUGACUCGCAAGAUCUACUUUCAUCUAAGGUACCGUAAUAAAAACGAGCUGCCUGUUUCCACUGCUCCUUCUAACGUUAAUUGUCUGCUUGCCUCUGGCAGCUCUGAUAUGACGAAAACAGAUGAUCUGAAAAAAGUAAGCUCUUCAGAGAGAUUGUACACAGUUGCGAGGAAAACGACUGAAAAUUUUUUCAAUAGAAUUUUUAGGAGGAUGUUGAAGUCACCAGACAGUUUUGAAAGCCAAGAAGUGCACACUGCCUUCAAAGAAUUACAAAACGAGGUUUCACAUAUUUCCAUCCCUCUAGAGACCCAACGUGUAGAAACUGUCACUGAAGAUGACCAGUUAAAACCAUCUCCUACAAGCUCGAUUAAGUCCCCCAGGGAAGGACAACAUCCUAGUCCAGUAACAUGCAGUGUGCCAGACACUUUUGAGCACCAAAAGCUGUGCACUCCCUUUGAAGAAUUACAAGAUGAGGUUUCAAAUAUUUCCAUCACUCCAGAGAUCCAAAACUUAGAAUCAACUGACAUUGAAGAAGGCCAGGUAAAAUCAAUUCCCCUAAAACAGAUGAACUCCUUAACGGAAAAUGCGGUUCCUGAUCCAGUAACUUGUAAUGUGGCAGACAUUUUUGAAAACCAAGAUGUAGACGCUGUCCUCAAAAAAUUACAAAGUGAGGUUUCAGAUACUUCCAUCUCUCCUGACACUCAAAGAUCAGAAUCAACUAUCACUGAUGAUGGACAAUUAAACUCAUUUUCCCUAAAACUGAUUAAGUCUUUCAUGGACAAUGUGGCAGGACAACUUCCUGAUCCAGUAACGUGUAGUGUGUCAAACACAUUCGAAAGCCAACAGGUGCGAGCUGUAUUUAAAGAAUUACAAAAUGAGAUUUCAAAUAUUUCCGUCUCUACAGACACCAAAAGCUCAGAAUCAACAGACAUUGACGAUGAUCAGUUAAAAUCAUUUCCUCAGAAACUGAUUAAGUCCUUAAUGGAAAAUGAGGCAGUACAACAUCCUAAUCCAGUAACUACUAAUGUGCCAUAUACUCUUCAAGACGAAGAUGUAUUCACUGCCAUAAAAAAAUUACGAAGUGAGGUUUCAAAUGCUUCCAUCUCUCCAGAGAUACAAAACUUAGAAUCAACUGUCAUUGAUGAUGACCAGUCGGAAUCAUUUCCUCAAAAAGUGAUUAACUCCUUAGUGAAAAAUGUGGCAGGACAACAUGCUAAUCCGGUAACUUGUAGUCUGCCAAGCACUUCUGUAAACCAAGCUGUUCGCACUGCUUUCAAAAAAUUACAAAACCAUGUUUCAAAUAUUUCCAUUCCUAAAAAAACCCACUGGUCAGAAUCAACUGACAAUGACGAUGGGCAGUCAGAAUCAUUUCCUCGAAAAGUGGUUAACUCCUUAGUGAAAAAUGUGGCAGGACAAAAAUUUAUUCCAGAACCUUGUACUGCCUCUGUAGAAGUUCCUACUCAGCCUUAUGCUACUUUUGCACAAGUUCCUCCUCCAGAACCGGGUACUGCCUUUGAACACGUUCCUUCAGCAGAGAAGUCUUCUCUCUUUAAAUUCUUUAAGAGACCUGCUACUGGAACCAUUCCUUCAAAGCUCAGCAGCAUUGGCAGAAAACAUCAUCACUGUCACACUCCCAACAUUUUGGAUCAGGGAACCAACAAACCAGAAGUAGCUGCUCAGGCUGGGCAACCAGGAGUAGAUCCUACAGCACACAUUAAAGACAGGGCAGGUCAAGACAAGCAAGAGAAAGGAAUACAAUGUUUUGAGCACGGCAUUGCUCAGGGAGAAGAUGAUUGGACUGACUGCUUUUGGAAAAAUACCCCCGUGAUUCUAAACGACUGCUGCUGAGGGAACAGUCUACUGUUCUGAAGAGGCGUCUCUCCAUUUACCUGUCAGCUCACUUAGGCAUUCAAAAAUGUAAUGAAAUUAAUCAGAAACUAAACUCAGAUUACUAUGCUAAGGUCAUAGUUAACAACCUUCUAGGGAUUUAUGGUUCACCAAGAACGCUGAUCAAAGCAGCAGUUAUUCCAGACAGCAACUUCUUCGAUGACUUUAUAGCAUUUGUUGGAUGUGAACUUGUAAAAACGAGAGCAUACAAGAAAUAUGGUAUGUUUGAAAAGAUGCUUUCGCCUUUCAAAAAAGUCUACAAUUGGACUUAUGAUCAGUUCGCUCCAGCCACACAGGUGAUGUUUGAUCUCAGUUGUUGUGGAUUUGCUUUUAAAAAAGACAGUGAAAAUUAGUAGGGGGGAUUAUUAGGAUAACAAAAUAAAUCCUAAUUUCUAUUUUCAUAGAAUUUUUUAUUUAUUCAUUUUGGUGGAGGUUUUUUCCUGUUAAAACAGAGUUUUCCCUCUUAUGUGAUGUUAGAUAGAAAAAAAUCUUCCAAAGUAGACAGACAUAUAUUAUUUUUCUAUUCUUUCUCUUAAUUCUCCUUCAUAUUGAAAUUAUUUUGUGUUUUGCUGUUAUUUUGUUAUUGAUAUUAUUACAAUAUAUGAUUAUUCUUAUUUACUAUCAGUAAUAUUUUAUUAUUAAUAUUUUACCAUGAUCACAAUUUCACUGUUCAA